GGGGUGGAUGGGGGAGGUCCUUCAGACUUGAUGUCCAUAGCCUGCAGCAGCCACAUGUCAACUGGCCAGGGACUUUGCAAAACUCACCAAGAUGACAAUGGAGGGGCCCAAGAAGACCAGCAAAAAGUUCAAGUUCUUUAAGUUCAAGGGCUUUGGGAGUCUUUCCAACCUCCCUCGCUCCUUCACUCUGAGGCGGUCCUCAGCCUCCGUCAGCAUCCGACCCCAUCUGGAGCCGGAUACCUUUGAUGCCACCCAGGAUGACCUGGUGACAGUUCCAAAGAGCCCUCCGGCCUAUGCUCGCUCCAGUGACAUGUACAGCCACAUGGGCACCAUGCCUCGGCCAGGCAUCAAGAGGGCUCGGGACCGACAGGCUACCCAAAAGGCCCAGGAGGUAAGCCCUGAGUCCAGCCUGGUACUCCGAGGUCUCCCUGACCCACCAGGCUUAGACAAAGCCGAGGAGGUGGUGGGGGCUGAUACCCAGCUGGAGGACACCCCAGCAGUGACAUGCAACCCUUCAGCGGUGGAGAUGAACCCUGUGUGGAAGGCUGAGGACCCCGAGGCAGACACAGAGGAGAAAGCAGCACCUAGGGAUGUGUGUCCAGAAGGGGCCACUGGAGAGCUGGAAGCUGGUGGGGACUAUGUGAAGUUCUCCAAGGAGAAGUACAUCCUGGACUCCUCGCCUGAGAAGCUGCACAAGGAACUAGAGGAAGAGCUCAAGCUCAGCAGCACGGACCUCCGCAGCCAUGCCUGGUACCAUGGCCGCAUCCCCCGAGAGGUCUCCGAGACGCUGGUACAACGCAAUGGUGACUUCCUCAUCCGGGACUCACUCACCAGCUUGGGGGACUAUGUGCUCACAUGCCGCUGGCGUAACCAGGCCUUGCACUUCAAGAUCAACAAGGUGGUGGUAAAAGCAGGAGAGAGCUACACCCACAUCCAGUACCUGUUUGAGCAGGAGAGCUUCGACCAUGUGCCCGCCCUCGUGCGUUAUCAUGUGGGCAGCCGCAAGGCAGUGUCGGAACAGAGCGGAGCCAUCAUCUACUGCCCUGUGAACCGUACCUUCCCACUGCGCUACCUUGAGGCCAGCUAUGGCCUGGGCCAGGGUGGCGGUAAGGCUGCCAGCCCCUCCAGCCCCUCGGGCUCCAAGGGCAGCCAUAUGAAGAGGCGCAGCGUCACCAUGACCGACGGGCUCACAGCUGACAAGGUCACCCGCAGCGAUGGGUGUCCCAACAGUGCCUCACUGCCCCACCCCCGGGACUCCAUCCGCAACUGUGCGCUCAGCAUGGACCAGAUCCCAGACCUGCACUCGCCCUUGUCCCCCAUCUCUGAGAGCCCCAGCUCUCCAGCCUAUAGCACUGUGACCCGCGUCCACACCACCCCUGCCGCCCCCUCUGCCACAGUGCUGCCUGCCUCCCCUGUUGCCCGCCGCUCCAGUGAACCUCAGCUGUGUCCCGGAAGCACCCCAAAGCCCCAUGGAGAGUCGGACAAAAGUUCUCAUGCCAGCCCCUCCCACACCCUCUGCAAGGCCUCACCAUCCCCGUCCCUCAGCAGCUACAGUGACCCGGACUCAGGCCACUACUGUCAGCUCCAGCCUCCCAUCCGGGGCUGCCGAGAAUGGGCAGCAGGUGAGGCCUCCAGCCGGCCGGCCAGGAACUCCAGGGAGAGACUAAAGGAACUGACAGAUAAUGGGACCCCUGAGGGGGAAUGGGGCAAGGCCUUCACAGCCCCCGUGGUGGAAGCCACCUCGUCCUUCAACCCGGCAACCUUCCAGUCACUGCUGAUCCCCAAGGAGAACCGGCCCUUGGAGGUGGGCCUUCUGCGCAAGGUCAAGGAGCUGCUGUCAGAGGUGGACGCCCGGACGCUGGCUCGGCAUGUCACCAAGGUUGACUGCCUGGUUGCUAGGAUACUGGGUGUUACCAAGGAGAUGCAGACCCUAAUGGGAGUCCGCUGGGGCAUGGAGCUGCUCACCCUCCCCCAUGGCCGGCAGCUACGACUAGACCUGCUGGAAAGGUUCCACACCAUGUCCAUCAUGCUGGCGGUGGACAUCCUGGGCUGCACGGGCUCGGCGGAGGAGCGGGCCGCGCUGCUGCACAAGACCAUCCAGCUGGCGGCCGAGCUGCGGGGGACCAUGGGGAAUAUGUUUAGCUUCGCUGCGGUCAUGGGCGCCCUGGAUAUGGCCCAGAUUUCGCGGCUGGAGCAGACCUGGGUGACCCUGCGGCAGCGAUACACCGAGGGCGCCAUCCUGUACGAGAAGAAGCUGAAGCCUUUUCUCAAGAGCCUCAACGAGGGCAAAGAAGGCCCGCCGCUGAGCAACACCACGUUCCCGCACGUGCUGCCGCUCAUCACUCUGCUGGAGUGUGACUCCGCCCCUGCUGAGGGUCCCGAGCCCUGGGGCAGCACAGAGCACGGUGUGGAGGUCGUGCUGGCCCACCUGGAGGCUGCCCGCACUGUGGCACACCAUGGGGGUCUCUACCACACCAACGCCGAAGUCAAGUUGCAGGGCUUCCAGGCCCAGCCAGAGCUCCUGGAGGUGUUCAGCACUGAGUUCCAGAUGCGCCUCUUGUGGGGCAGCCAAGGCGCCAACAGCAGUCAGGCCCGCCGUUAUGAGAAGUUCGACAAGGUCCUUACUGCUUUGUCCCACAAACUGGAGCCUGUGGUCCGCUCCAGUGAGCUGUGACCCCGGGGACCUUGCCCCUCUGCAGUUGCUGGCAGCAUCAAGGGCAGAGGGGCUCAGGCCUUUCUCCCAGAGCACCCCAGAGACACUGUGAUCAGCCCAAGAAUAUUCUGGGUUCAACUCCAGGAUCGCCCUUGCACUUCCAGGGUCCUGUGUGGACUCCAGGCUCCGUUCCUCUGCCACACACUCACCAAGUCUCCCUUCAGGGAGGACAAGGGACCCUUGUUCCUCCAACCAGCUUCUGCUGCCCUCCUCUCUACAGAGGUCCUCUGACUUUUUUUGAGCCAUGGGAGGCUCCUCAUACCUCUUUUCUCCUCCAGGCACCUGUGCCCAUCAGCACCAAGGCCUCCAUCUUGCUUGUAAAUAAGUUUGUUCUGUAAAUAAAUGUAUAUAAGCUGUGUUCUUUCUUUCAUAUAAUAAACUUUUAUGACUCUUU